CUAAAUCUUGCCUUUCAAGAACCAAAGGGACUUGAAUCAGCUUUUAAGAUUUUACAGAUAUUUGGAAAACUCCUGGAAAGGCCUGUCAUAUAUUCUCAUUUUUACCCAAACGUUGCUGUUCUUCUUUCAAUGUUUGAUGAGGAAAUUACCUGCUGCAAGCAAAUCUUUGACAAUCAAACGGAAAAAUUAAGGGAUGGAGGAAAUGCACUUCAUAAAAACAUGCCAGUGACUGCAGGCAAUUUGAAAUGGUCUCAGGAGUUACGAGAGAGACUGCUGAAGCACACAACACAUUUUAGGCACAUCAAUCACCUGAUUUUGCAAACAGAGGAAACUAAUUUUGUCUUCCAAAAAUGUGAGAAAAUGUUGUCUUUAUUGGAUAAACAUGAUGAGGAAAUAUAUACCUCAUGGGCACAAGAUCUAGACCUCCACUGUGAAGCACAUCUCAGUCAACGAAUCUUCAGGCACAACAAGACGGGAUCACUUGAAGUUAACUUCAAUGAAAAGCUCUCUGCCGUCCUUCGGGAAGUGAAAUACCUUGAGGCUUUAAAACAUCAUGCGAUACCGGAGGUUGCUGUGCAAUUGUAUUCCAAGAGAGAAACUCUUUACAAGUAUCUUGGUAAUUUACAUGCAAUUGCCGAGCAGUAUAACCAAUUAAGGAAAACAAUCCUACCCAACGAAGCACAACUCAUCGCUCAUGAGCUUUGGAGAAUUGAUCAACAACUGAAGCCUGCUUUUGACACACUGAGCUGGCAAAACGAAGACCUGUGGACCUAUAUUGAGCAGACCAAGGAGCUUGUUCAAAGGGUAGGCGGCAGACUGAAGAAAGCCAAAGAUAAUGUGGACCUGAUCCAGGCCCUUCUGCGCAGACUGAGUGAGACUUCUUUUCUAGCACAAAAAGCCACCACCACUUCUUUGAUGCCGUGCUUUGACAACAGUGAAACAAUAUGCCAGCAAUAUGAGAGCGUUCAAGAGAUCGGGAAGACGAUCCAUCAGUUAGUUCAGGACAAUCAAGCCCUGUUUCAGGCAGAUCCUCUUUCUGAUGAAUGGAAAGCUUAUACCGAAUACGUUGAUCACAUGGUUUCAGAUGGACUGUUUAAAGCUAUCAAGUGUUCUCUCCAGCACCUGACAGAAAACACGGAGGCGACUUCAAAAUCCAGCCCCUUGUUUGAAGUGCAACUCAUCCUGAAGGGCAACGAAAUGACUUUUAAACCUUCUUUGGACCAUACAGUCAAGGGCAAUUUUUCUGACAUCGUGGAGGGUCUGAUCCAAAGCGCCUACCUGAUUGCAUCGCAUAUCAAUAGAGUCGCCAAGCAUCUUGGCCGUGACACUUACCAGCAUGAUGUGGACCAGAUGGAUGCCCUGGAAGAAAUGCACCAGGAAAUCAUGAGCAGAGUGCACUCAGUCAUCGUUAAUGCCCAGGAAUAUCAAAGCCACUUUAAGAAAUACAGCCACUUAUGGAUGGAUGAUAAAGCCAAAUUUAUGAAGCAGUUCCUUCUCUAUGGACGAUUUCUUCACACCGAAGAGCUAGAAUUAUAUGCGGACUAUGAACUUCAGAAAUGUUCCCCACAGUUAGAUCACUUUAAACAACAGAUCAGCAUUUAUGAAACGCUACAUAAAGAAGUGAGCGAGGUUGAAAACCAGAAGACGUUUAAUGGCUGGUUCCAGGUUGACGUUCAGCCUUUUAAGUUAGCUCUGAUGAAUAUGAUUAAAAGGUGGAGCUGGAUGUUUAAGGAGCACCUACUCAACUAUGUCACCCAAAGUGUUACAGAGUUAGCCACAUUUAUCCAUGAAACUGAAAAGGGGCUAGCUAAGAAAGUGAAAGAAGGAGACUAUACAGUUCUGGCUGAAAUAAUGGGACAUCUCAUGGCCAUCCGUGACCAGCAAUCAACUGGAGACAUUUUCAGACCUUUAAAAUCCACAGCUGAAUUGCUACAAAGUUAUGGACAACAGUUACCAGAGCAGAUUUAUAAACAACUUGAGGAAUUACCUGAAAAGUGGAAGAAUCUUAAAAAGAUUGCCUUCACCGUGAAGCAUGAAGUGGCUCCUCUACAGUCCAAUGAAGUGUCUGUUAUCAGAAGAAAAUGUGUACUUUUUGAGGUUAAACAGCAAGAAUUCAGAAGCAGAUUUAAAAAUGAAGUCUUUUUCAGAUUUGAUGCUGAGAAUCCUUACAUAUGCAUAGAUAAGUCUCAUAAAGAGAUUUCAAAACUGGAGGCAGAAAUGAAAAAACUGCAGGAAACAGCAGAUCUUUUUGAAGUCAGUGUGCCAGAAUAUAAGCAGCUGAAACAAUGCCGUACCGAUGCCAUCUUGCUGAAGUCUGUCUGGGAUAUGGUGGUCUUUGUCCAGAUGAGCAUUAAAGACUGGAUGAAAACACCAUGGAAACAGAUAAAUGUUGAACAAAUGGCUGUGGAGCUCCGAAGAUUUGCAAAGGAUAUGAAGACUCUGGAUAAAGAAGUGCGAGCUUGGGAUGUGUAUUUGGGAUUGGAAUCAACUGUUAAAAAUGUAUUGGUCUCCUUAAGAGCUGUCAAUGAACUUCAGAAUACUGCCGUCCGGAAAAGACACUGGCAGCAACUCAUGACUGCAACCGGGGUACGCUUUGUCAUGGAUGAAGACACCACGCUAGGAGAUCUUUUCGCCCUUCAGCUCCACAGGGUGGAAGAUGAAGUUCAGCGCAUUGUGGAUAAAGCUGUGAAAGAGAUGGCAAUAGAAAAGGCACUCAUGGAAAUCAGCCAGACAUGGGGUGUUAUGGAUUUCUCAUAUGAACUACAUUACAGCACUGGCACACCAUUGUUAAAAUCUGAAGAAAACCUCAUAGAGACAUUAGAAGACAAUCAGGUUCAGCUUCAAAACGUCCUAAUGAGUAAAUAUGUGGAAUAUUUUUUGGUGGAGGUCAGCAGCUGGCAAAAAAGAUUAAUGGUAGCAGAUACGGUAAUUUCACUGUGGCUGGAAGUGCAGCAAACCUGGGCCCACCUGCAUAGUAUUUUCACCAAUUCUGAGGACAUUCGGAAUCAGCUCUCAGAAGACACCAAAAGAUUUGAGGGAAUUGAUCAGGACUUUAAGGGACUUAUGGCUGUGGUGGUGAAGACAAAAAAUGUGAUAGAAGUAACAAACCAGAUGGGAUUGCUUGAGAAACUGGAAAUCCUGCAACAGAGGCUCACUCUUUGUGAGAAAUCCUUAGCCAACUAUUUAGAUGCCAAGAGAGUCACUUUCCCAAGGUUCUACUUUGUUUCAGCUGUGGAUUUGUUAGAAAUCAUCUCCAAAGGAACUCAUCCUAAGCAGAUCACCAAGCACUUGAUGAAACUCUUUGACAACGUGGCGGAUCUUAAAUUCGAGGAGGACGAAGACACAGAAAGACAAACAGCCCUGGGGAUGUACAGCAAAGAGGGAGAGUGUGUCCUAUUCUCGGAGCACUGUUCCUGUGAAGGGCAGGUGGAAUGCUGGUUAAACCGUUUAGAAGAAACCAUGCACAUGACAGUGAAGAAGAAAAUCAUGGAGGCUGUAGCAGCCUAUGAGGAUAAGCCACGAGAUCAGUGGCUGUUUGAGUAUCCGGCCCAGGUGGCUUUGACCAGCAGUCAGAUCUGGUGGGUGACUGAUGUCCGGAUUGCUUUCGGACGUCUUGAAGAAGGGUUCGAAACAGCUCUGAAGGACUACAACCGCAAACAGAUUGCUCAACUGAAUGCCCUUAUAAACAUGCUGUUAGGGGAACUCACCCCUGGAGAUCGUCAGAAGAUCAUGACAAUCUGCACAAUUGAUGUGCACGCCAGAGAUGUUGUAGCCAAGCUUAUAGCACAGAAGGUCUCGAACGGGCAGGCGUUUACUUGGCUGUCACAGUUGCGUCAUAGAUGGGACGAGGAGCAAAGUGAGUGCUUUGUCAACAUUUGCGACGCACAGUUUCAGUACGCUUACGAAUAUCUUGGGAACAGCCCUAGGCUUGUGAUCACACCUCUUACUGACAGAUGCUAUAUUACGUUGACACAGUCUCUUCACUUGACUAUGAGCGGUGCAUUGUCAGGCCCUGCAGGAACAGGAAAAACAGAAACCACCAAAGACUUAGGCCGCUCUCUGGGAAUGAUGGUCUAUGUCUUCAACUGUUCAGAACAAAUGGAUUAUAAGUCAAUUGGGAAUAUCUACAAAGGGUUGUGCCAAACUGGCGUGUGGGGAUGUUUUGAUGAGUUCAAUCGCAUUUCUGUGGAGGUGCUCUCUGUUGUUGCUCUUCAGGUUAAAACUAUUCAGGAUGCUAUUCGUCACAAGAAGAAAAGAUUUAAUUUUUUAGGUGAGAUGAUUGAACUGAAAGCCACGGUGGGGAUCUUCAUAACUCUGAACCCAGGUUAUGCAGGAAGAGCAGAACUUCCAGAAAAUCUUAAAGCUCUUUUUCGACCCUGUGCAAUGGUGAUUCCAGACUUCGAGCUUAUUUGUGAAAUAAUGCUUGUGGCAGAAGGAUUUGUGGAUGCCCGGUUGCUUUCUAGAAAGUUUAUCUGCCUCUACAAGCUUUGCCAUGAACUCCUAUCCAAACAGGAUCACUAUGACUGGGGUCUUAGAGCCAUAAAAUCUGUUCUAGUUGUGGCUGGAUCUCUGAAACGAGAAGACCGAAGCAAACCUGAGGAUCAGGUUUUGAUGAGAGCCCUCAGGGAUUUUAAUCUACCCAAGUUAGUCACUAAUGAUGUCCCCAUAUUUCUGGGCCUGAUCAAUGAUUUGUUCCCAUUGCUGGAAGUCCCACCGAAAAGGGAUCUGAAGUUGGAACAGCUGGUACGCCAGUCCGUUGCAGAGCUCCAUUUACAGCCCGAGGAAAACUUUAUACUAAAGGUUAUGCAGUUGCAAGAACUACUGGCUGUCAGACACUCUGUCUUUGUGGCUGGAAAUGCUGGGACUGGGAAAAGCCAGAUAUUAAAGACAUUACACGUGACUUACUCCAACAUGAAGCUGAGGCCAGUAUGGCAUGACAUCAAUCCGAAAGCUGUGACCACGGAUGAACUUUUUGGGUUUCUUCAUCCAUCAACAAGGGAGUGGAAAGAUGGCUUGUUUUCAUCCAUCAUGAGAGAAUUGACUAGCAUUGCCCAUGACGGCCCUAAAUGGAUUGUGCUGGAUGGGGACAUUGAUCCUAUGUGGAUAGAGUCACUCAACACUGUAAUGGACGACAAUAAGGUUCUAACUCUAGCAAGUAAUGAACGGAUUUCAUUGACGCCUUCCAUGCGCCUCGUGUUUGAAAUCAGUCAUCUCCGGGCAGCAACUCCAGCCACUGUAUCAAGAGCUGGCAUCCUCUACGUGAAUACGCAAGACCUGGGCUGGAACCCAUACGUAACUAGCUGGAUUGAGACUCGCAAAGCACAGUCUGAAAGAGCAAACCUAACCAUCCUCUUUGACAAAUAUGUUCCUUACUGCUUGGAGCAAGUCCGUUGCAACUUAAAAACCAUCACUCCCAUUCCGGAGAACAGCAUGGUACAGACUCUCUGUUCAUUGCUGGAUUGCCUCCUGACCCCAGAGAAUACUCCACCAGAUUCUCCUCGGGAGCUCUACGAGAUAUAUUUUGCAUUUGCAAGUGUAUGGGCUUUUGGUGGUGCUUUGUUUCAAGAUCAGCUAAUUGACUAUCGCAUGGAGUUUAGUAGAUGGUGGAUCAAAGAGAUGCGAACAGUAAAAUUUCCUUCCCAAGGGAUGGUUUUUGAUUAUUUCAUUGACCCUGAAACAAAAAAAUUUACUUUGUGGAAUGAAAAAAUCCCAAGCAUAGAAAUGGAACCAGAUGUCCCUCUCCAGACCGUCUUGAUUCAUACAUCCGAAACCAUCCGCUUGAGAUAUUUUGUGGAUUUGCUUUUGGAGAAGGGUCAGCCCAUCAUGCUGGUGGGAAAUGCUGGAGUUGGAAAAACAAUCCUCAUGAUGGACAAGCUUGCCAAGCUAUCUGAAGAGUAUAUGGUGACCAAGGUCCCUUUCAAUUAUUAUACAACAUCUGCUAUGCUGCAGCGUGUUCUUGAAAGAUCCUUGGAAAAGAAAGCUGGCAGAAAUUAUGCUCCUCCAGGCAUGAAAAAAUUAAUUUACUUCAUUGAUGAUCUUAAUAUGCCUGAGGUUGAUGCCUUUGGAACUGUCCAGCCUCAUACUCUGAUGAGACAGCACCUUGACUAUCACCACUGGUAUGACAGACAGAAACUCAUUUUGAAAGAAAUUCACAAUUGUCAGUAUGUCACGUGCAUGAAUCCCACGGCUGGAAGUUUCUCAGUAAAUCAGCGUCUUCAGAGACACUUCUCUGUGUUUGCUGUCCACUUCCCAGGAACUGAGGCUUUAACCACUAUCUAUGGCAAGAUCUUAAAUACGCAUUUCCAGCAAGGGGGCUUCUGCUACAGCCUGGUCAAGAUGGUUGGCACACUUACGCAGGCUGCAAUUUCUCUACACCAGAAGAUGGCCCAAAAUUUCCUGCCCACAGCCAUUCGAUUUCAUUACAUCUUCAAUUUAAGAGAUCUGACGCGCAUAUUCCAGGGAAUGCUUUUUGCAACCCCAGAGUGCUUGCAGUUCCCUGUUGACUUGGUUCACUUAUGGUUUCAUGAAUCAUCCCGAGUCUAUUCGGAUAAACUUAUGGAUGAAAAAGAUAUUGAACAUUUUCACAAAGUGCUUAUUGAUACAGCAAAAAGAUAUUUUGAGGGUGUUGAUGAGCACAUGUUUAUCCACAAGCCAUUAAUUUACUGCCACUUUGCCCAUGGUGUUGGAGAACCUCGUUACUUUCCAGCCUCUGAUUGGAAGAAGCUGACCGGAAUUUUAACAGAGGCCUUAGAGCACUACAACGAGCUACAUGCGGCAAUGAACCUUGUUCUCUUUGAGGAUGCCAUACAGCAUGUCUGUCGCAUCAACCGUAUUCUUGAGGCCCCCUGUGGAAAUGCCCUUUUGAUUGGAGUUGGAGGAAGUGGAAAGCAAAGUUUGUGCCGCUUAGCAGCUUUUCUUAGCUCCCUGGAAGUCUUCCAAAUAGCCCUUCACAAAAGCUAUGGAAUCCAUGAUCUCAGGAGUGAUAUUGCUGCACUUUACUUUAAAGUCGGCGUGAAGAACAUUGGUACAGUGUUUCUUCAUGCAGAUGCUCAGAUCCCUGAUGAGCGUUUUCUCGUAUUAAUUAAUGACAUGCUGGCAUCAGGUGAUAUCCCUGAUUUGUUUAGCGAAGACGAGGUGGAAAAUAUUAUUUCUUCUACAAGAAUGGAGUUACGGGGGCUUGGCCAGGAUGAUUCAAAAGAAAGCUGCUGGCAAUUUUUUAUUGAACGUAUUCGUCGGCAACUAAAGGUGGUCUUAUGCUUCUCCCCAGUGGGUUUCACCCUGAGAGCGAGAGCAAGGAAGUUUCCAGCUUUAGUCAACAGCACCGCUAUCGAUUGGUUCCAUGCCUGGCCACUGGCCGCUCUCCAGUCCGUCAGCACCAGCUUUGUGGACAAGAUGGACCUACUUGAUCCUCUCGUGAAGCCUUCCGUCAGCCACUUCAUUGCUUUUGCACACACAAGUGUUAAGGAUGUGUGUGUCCAGUACCAGCAGAACGAGAAGCGUUAUAACUACACCACACCAAAGAGUUUCCUGGAACUCAUCAAACUUUACCAAAACCUGCUGACAAAGAAAAGAAAAGAAUUGGUUCAAAAGAUGGAAAGACUGGAAAAUGGUUUACAAAAACUGCAGACUACAGCCUCUCAGGUAGAAGAUCUGAAGUCUAAGCUUGCUAUUCAGGAGAUAGACCUUCACCAGAGAAACAAAGACACAGAGGCUCUUAUUGAAAAAAUCAAGCAGCAAACGGAAAAACUAAGUCAAGAAAAAGCCACAGCCGACGAGGAGGAGCACAGGGUAUCAGCGAUUCAAGCAGAAGUAACAAAGCAGCAGCAAGAAUCUGAAAAUGACCUUGCAAAAGCUGAGCCUGCUCUUAAUGCAGCAAAUGCUGCCUUGAACACCCUGAACAGGCUCAAUUUAACUGAGCUAAGAACUUUCCCGAAUCCUCCUGCGAUGGUCACCAACGUGACAGCAGCUGUUCUUGUGCUUUUGUCCCCAAGCGGAAAGAUCCCAAAGGACAGAAGCUGGAAGACGGCCAAGAUGUACAUGAGUAAGGUGGAUGAAUUCCUCCAGAGUCUUGUCAAUUUUGAUAAAGAACAUAUCCCUGAAGGAACAGUUAAGGCUGUGAAAGAAGAUUAUCUGAGUGAUCCAGAGUUCAACUCAGAAUUUGUACAGACAAAAUCUUCAGCUGCUGCUGGUCUCUGUGCAUGGGUUAUUAAUAUUAUUAAAUUCCACGAGGUGUCUUGUGAAGUUGACCUCAAACGGCAGUCCCUAGCACAGGCCAAUUCAGACUUGAUAAUAGCAGCUGAAAAACUCGACUCUAUACAGAAGAAGCUCAUGGAACUAGACACAAACCUGGCUGCCUUCACCACCGCCUUGGAGGGGGCGACAGCUGAGAAAAUCCACUGCCAGGAAGAAGUGAAUAGAACUAACAAGACGAUUGAGCUGGCCAACAGAUUAGUGAAAGGUCUAGAGUCAGAGAAUGUGAGAUGGGCUCAGUCGGUAGCGCAAUACUGUGAACAAGAGAAGACACUCUGUGGAGAUGUGCUUCUGACAGCAGCGUUUAUUUCCUAUGCUGGGCCAUUUGCAAGGGGGUAUCGGCACGAGCUGGUUCAAAAUCUGUGGCUGCCCUUUUUGAGAAGCCAAAAGGUCCCCAUUCCAAUGACUGAAGGUCUUGAUCCGAUCUCAAUGCUGACGGAUGAUGCAACAAUUGCUAAAUGGAACAAUGAAGGCUUGCCUGGUGAUACCAUGUCCACACAAAAUGCCACUAUUCUUACAAACUGUGAACGCUGGCCUCUAUUGAUUGACCCCCAGCACCAGGGGAUCAAAUGGAUAAAAAGCAGAUAUGGCUCAGAUUUGAAAGUUAUCCAUCUGAGUCAGAAAGGGUAUGUUGAUGCCUUGGAAGAAGCUGUUGUGGCAGGAUAUACAGUUUUAAUUGAAAACCUGGAGGAGACCAUUGAUCCUGUGCUGGACCCUCUUCUUGGGAGACACAUGCUGAAAAGGGGGAGGUAUAUUCGAGUCGGAGAUAAAGAGUGUAAAUUUCACCCCAAAUUCCAGCUCAUCCUUCAUACCAAGCUCGCCAAUCCCCACUAUAAGCCAGAAAUCCAGGCCCAGACCACUUUAAUUAAUUUCACUGUUACACGAGAUGGUUUGGAAGAUCAGUUGUUGGCAGAUGUGGUCAAUGUGGAAAGACCAGACCUGGAACACUUCAAGUCUGAACUCACAAAGCAGCAAAAUUAUUUUAAAAUUGAGUUGAAAAUGCUUGAAGAUGAAUUACUGACACGCCUUUCAGCUGCUGAGAGUAAUUUCCUUGGGGAUACCCUUCUGGUUGAGAGGCUGGAAACAACAAAACACACAGCAGCAGAAAUUGAAAUUAAGGUGAUGGAAGCGAACAUCAAUGAAGUAAAGAUCAACGAGGCUCGUGAGCAUUAUCGCCCGGUAGCAGCGAGAGCCUCCCUUCUCUACUUCCUCAUGGAUGACCUGAAAAAAAUCAAUCCGAUGUAUCAGUUCUCACUCAAGGCAUUCAACGCUGUGUUUCACAAGGCGGUGCAGCAAGCAGAACCUUCCGACAAGGUGAAAGAGAGGGUCAGCCACUUGACAGACUGUGUAACCUAUUCCACUUUUAGAUAUAUCAGUCGUGGUCUGUUUGAAAAAGACAAGCUUACUGUCACUGCCCAAGUGGCUUUUCAGCUUUUGCUUAUGAAUAAGGAGAUCGAUGUUUGUGAGCUAGACUUCCUUCUGAGAUUUAAUAUCGACCACAGUUAUAACAGUCCUCUGGAAUUCCUCUCCGACUUUUCCUGGAGUGCAGUUAAGACCAUGAGCUUCAUGGAUGAAUUUCGCGGCUUGGACAAAGAUAUUGAAGGCUCUCCAAAGCGCUGGAAAAAAGUGGUGGAGUCAGAAUGUCCAGAGAAAGAGAAGUUUCCACAAGAAUGGAAGACAAAAAGUUCUCUCCAGAAACUGAUCCUCAUGAGAGCCUUGAGACCAGAUCGGAUGACUUACGCUGUCAGGAAUUUUGUUGAAGAGAAACUUGGAACCAAAUAUGCAGAGGGACGUCAAACUGACUUUGCAAAAUCGUUUCAAGAAAGUGGGCCUGCUUCGCCCAUAAUAUUUAUUUUGUCUCCUGGAGUGGACCCACUAAAAGAUGUUGAAACUUUAGGGAGCAAGCUUGGUUUUACUAUUGAUUCCGGAAAGCUUCACAAUGUCUCUUUGGGUCAAGGGCAAGAAGGGAUUGCAGAGACGGCUCUGGAAAAGGCAUCAAAAGCAGGCCACUGGGUGAUCCUUCAAAAUAUUCAUCUUGUUACAAAGUGGCUCGACACAUUAGAGAAAUUACUGGAGAGGUACAGUGAAGGAAGUCACCUGGCCUACCGGGUAUUUAUGAGCGUGGAACCUGCCCCGAGCCCUAAAGAACAUGUCAUUCCUCAGGGAAUCUUGGAAAACUCUAUUAAAAUUACCAAUGAGCCACCCACCGGGAUGCUGGCUAAUCUUCAUGCCGCGCUGGAUAAUUUUGACGAGAACAUUCUUGAUCAAUGUACUCGGGAACAGGAAUUUAAGACCAUUCUGUUUUCGCUGUGCUAUUUUCAUGCCUGUGUGGCUGAACGACGGAAAUUCGGACCUCAGGGCUGGAACAGGAAAUACCCUUUUAACAAUGGGGACCUCACGAUUUCAGUCAAUGUGCUGUAUAAUUACCUGGAGGCAAACUCACAGAUACCCUGGGAAGAUCUCCGUUACUUGUUUGGAGAGAUUAUGUAUGGUGGACAUAUUACAGACAACUGGGACAGGAGACUUUGCCGCACUUACUUGGAAGAGUAUAUGCAACCCCAUCAGUUUGAUAGAAAGCUUAUCCUUGCUCCUGGCUUCGCCGUUCCUUCGAACCUGGAUUACCAAGGUUACCACAAAUAUAUUGACGAAAUGCUUCCGGCUGAAAGCCCCAUCCAUUAUGGUCUCCAUCCCAACGCAGAGAUAGAAUUUCUGACAGUGACCUCAGACAACCUGUUUCGGACUCUGCUUGAACUGCAGUCCCAAGGGUCCGUCAUGGGGGAAGGCGCGUCUCAGACAGUGGAAGAAAAAGUGAAAGUGAUAAUAGAUGACAUACAAGAGAAGCUUCCAGAUGGCUAUAACAUGGCGGACAUUACCUCUAAAAGUGCUGAACGCACUCCAUACAUUCUGGUUUGUUUUCAAGAAUGCGAGAGAAUGAAUAUUCUAAUACAUGAGAUAAGGCGUUCUCUCAAGGAACUUGAUCUAGGUCUUAAGGGUGAGUUGGCAAUCUCUGCUGAGAUGGAGCAGCUACAGACAGCUCUCUUCUGUGACAAUCUCCCUGAGACUUGGAUGAAACUGGCUUAUCCAUCAACGUGCAGCCUCACUCAGUGGUACAACGAUCUCCUCCAGCACUGCCGUGAACUUGAUUCCUGGGCACAGGAUCUCACCCUCCCCAGUGUAGUCUGGAUAUCAGGUUUUUUCAACCCCCAGUCCUUCCUCACAGCUGUCGUGCAAAAUUUAGCCCGUAAAAAUGAAUGGCCUUUAGACAAGAUGCACAUAACCGUAGAUGUGACCAAGAAAUACAAAGAGGAGUUCACACAGCCUGCCAGAGAAGGAGCCUACAUUCAUGGGCUAUAUAUGGAAGGGGCUCGCUGGGAUAUUCAAGGGGGACAUAUAGCUGAAGCUUGCCUGAAAGCACCAACGCAACCAAUGCCCGUUAUUUUUGUGAGAGCCAUCCCCAACGACAGGCAGGAAACAAGAAAUAUCUAUGAUUGCCCAGUAUAUAAAACUAAACUAAGGGGAGACACUUAUGUGUCAACCUUCCAUUUAAAAACAAAGGAAAAGCCAGCAAAGUGGAUUCUUGCUGGUGUUGCUUUGCUUUUAAGUGUGUGAUGGUCUCUGGAAGAGUCAAAUAUUUCAUUGCAUGAGUCUCUUGUUUUAUGCACCUGGUUUCUCACCACAGCGCCUGCAUGCAGUGUGAUUUUGCAUAUUAAAGAGUGAACACAAAUGUAGGAACAC